AUGAAUAAAAACUUAUUUAAAAUGAUUUUGGCUAAAGUUUGGAUGUGUUUGGUUAUGGUGAUUGGUGCGCGCGCACGCUCUGCGCCGCCCGCCCCUGUCGGCUGUCAGUGGGACUAUUCGGACACAAAGUUGAGUGAAUCUAACUUUCUCACGUGUAACAUCAAAACCAUCGGCUCGGCUGACUUCUUAUUCAAAAAACAUAACCACGGCGCAGGCGUACAAUAUCAACAAGUUAAAACUGACAUGCACCGAUUUACUUUUCUUCGAAAGUUCUUUGCAUAUGAAUACUGGUAG